GGUUUCAGAGACUCCAGCUACACAGCAGGGCAGAGAUGGCAGUAGGACACAUGACAUGUGAGACUAUGGCUCCUUGGCCUGAGUUGGAAAAUGCCCAGCCAAAUCCCAAUAAAUUCAUUGAAGGGGCCUCGAGUCCACAGACAACCAUACCAGCCAAGGACAAGGAGACUAGCAAAAAUGACAGUGGCGUUCCUGUAUCCAAGAUUGAACUUCUGCCCUCCUAUUCAACUGUGGCCCUGAUAGAGGAACGCACCCAGGAGGAUGACCCCUGGGACCUGCCUGAACUCCGGGACACUGGGAUCAAGUGGUCAGAGAGAGACACCAAAGGGAAGAUUCUCUGCGUCUUCCAAGGGGUGGGGAAAUUCAUUCUACUCCUGGGAUUUCUCUACCUGUUCGUGUGCUCCUUGGAUAUCCUCAGCAGCGCUUUCCAGUUGGUUGGAGGAAAGAUGGCGGGCGAGUUCUUCAGCAACAAUUCCAUCAUGACCAACCCUGUGGCAGGGCUGGUGAUUGGGGUGCUGGUGACCGUCAUGGUGCAGAGUUCCAGCACGUCUUCGUCCAUCAUUGUCAGCAUGGUGGCCUCCUCUUUGUUGACUGUGCGGACUGCCAUCCCCAUCAUCAUGGGGGCCAACAUCGGGACCUCCAUCACCAACACCAUUGUGGCACUCAUGCAGGCGGGGGACCGGAAUGAGUUCAGAAGGGCUUUUGCAGGGGCCACUGUUCAUGACUUCUUCAACUGGCUCUCUGUGUUGGUGCUUUUGCCCCUGGAGGCUGCCACACACUACCUCGAGAUCCUGACCAACCUUGUGGUGGACACCUUCAAGUUCAAGAAUGGAGAAGAUGCCCCAGACCUUUUAAAAGUCAUCACAGAUCCAUUCACAAAGCUUGUCAUUCAGCUGGAUAAAAAGGUCAUCCAGCAAAUUGCAAUGAAUGAUGAGACAGCCCGGAACAAGAGUCUGGUCAAGACCUGGUGUAAAACUUUAACUACCGUGACUCAGGUGAAUGUCACCGUCCCUUCACCUGAUAACUGUACCUCUUCUUCUCUCUGCUGGAUGGAUGGCAACCAGACCUGGACCAUCCAGAAUGUGACCAAUGUGGAGAACAUUGCUAAAUGCAAGCAUAUCUUCGUGAAUUUCAACCUCCCAGAUCUUGCUGUGGGCAUCAUCCUGCUGAUUGUCUCACUGCUGGUCCUCUGUGGCUGUCUGAUUAUGAUAGUCAAGCUCUUGGGCUCUGUGCUCAAGGGACAGGUUGCUGCUGUCAUCAAGAAGACCCUCAAUACUGAUUUCCCUUUUCCCUUUGCCUGGGUGACUGGUUACCUGGCUAUCCUUGUCGGGGCAGGGAUGACCUUCAUUGUGCAGAGCAGCUCUGUGUUUACUUCUGCCAUGACGCCACUCAUCGGUAUUGGCGUGAUUACCAUUGAGAGGGCAUAUCCACUCACGCUAGGCUCCAACAUUGGUACCACCACCACAGCCAUCCUGGCCGCCUUAGCCAGCCCAGGAAAUACACUGAGAAGUUCACUCCAGAUUGCCCUGUGCCACUUUUUCUUCAACAUUUCUGGAAUCUUGCUGUGGUACCCGAUACCAUUCACCCGCCUUCCCAUCCGCCUUGCCAAGGGCCUGGGCAACAUCUCUGCCAAGUACCGCUGGUUCGCAGUCUUCUACCUGAUCUUCUUCUUCCUUCUGACCCCACUCACUGUGUUUGGCCUGUCGCUGGCAGGCUGGCCGGUGCUGGUGGGCGUGGGCGUGCCCAUCGUUCUCCUGGUGCUCCUGAUCGUGUGUCUCCGGAUGCUGCAGUCACGAUGCCCACGCAUCCUGCCCCUGAGGCUCCGGGAUUGGAACUUCCUGCCCUCGUGGAUGCAUUCCCUGAAACCCUGGGACAACGUCAUCUCCCUGGCGACUACCUGCUUCCACAGGCGCUGCUGUUGCUGUUGUCGAGUCUGCUGCCGCGUGUGCUGCAUGGUGUGUGGCUGCAAGUGCUGCCGUUGCAGCAAGUGCUGCAGGGACAUGGAGGAGGGGGAAGAAGAGCAGGAUGUCCCUGUCAAGGCUCUCGGGGCUUUUGACAACGCAUCCAUAAGCAAGGACGCCCAAGAUUCUGGCAAGGGCCAGGUGGAUGCUCUGGACAUUAAGACCACCACAGUGUUCUAG